UGGAAAUCAUGUCGACCGCGGAUUCUGGAGCGAGGUUGAUCGUCCUCAAGAGUUCUGAUGGCGAGACAUUCGAGGUUGAGGAGGCUGUUGCCCUUGAAUCUCAGACUAUUAAGCACAUGGUCGAGGACGAUGUCGUCGAUACCUGCAUCCCGCUACCUAACGUCACCUCUAAGAUACUCGCCAAGGUCAUUGAGUACUGCAAGCGCCAUGUGGCUUCGGCCGCUGCAAAAUCGUCUAACACCGAUGGUCCGCUCUCGUCAGUUGACGAAGAUUUGAAGACUUUCGAUGCUGAGUUUGUAAAGGUUGAUCAGAGCACGCUGUUUGACCUAAUCUUGGCUGCAAACUACUUAAACAUCAAGAGCCUACUUGACCUUACUUGUCAAACUGUGGCGGACAUGAUCAAAGGGAAGACCCCUGAUGAAAUUCGCAAGACAUUUAACAUAAAAAAUGACUUCACUGCAGAAGAAGAAGAGGAAGUUCGCAGGGAGAAUUCAUGGGCCUUCGAGUGAUACAUAAAUAAUAUCUAAAUAACUAUAAUGCUACCAUGUUCCUGCUAGUUACUAUGACAUGUUGCUGUGAUGUUAUUAGUAAAUAGGCCUUUGUCUUAAUUGGAUGAAGUUACGUUCACCUGUGGUACUCUAUUACACUGUCACAACAUGUCUAGAUGUUUGGUGUGGCCAUUUUGAUGACUAUGUUUUAAAUAUGUUGUGUUUUGUGCCUUCUCA